CCAACAUCAGUUGCAGAAUUGUGAGACCACAGCCACAGUGGCGAAACGCCCUGAUGUCAUUCAAAGGCUAUCAGGGAAGGCAAGAUGGGAGGUUUGAAGAGCCUGUAUUACCCUCGAACGGAGGUAACAGUUUUUCAGACUCCCCUGGCCAAUGGUUUAAGGAGAAUCCCCUUCUCCAGAGUUGGAAUGCUUCAGCGCAGGAUGCCUUGGCUGGCGCUUUGCCAGGGCAGACAAGUCAGCUGCAGACUCCUCGCUCUUCCAUGUCAAUCCCUAGAGCCGACAUGUCGCAGGGAGAAGUGUUGAUCGAGGUUCCUCAGACCUUAUUUAGAGAAAAGGUCGUGGAGGUGCCCACGAUUUGUACCCAAGAGUUGGUACGAGCUGUCCCGAAGGUGGAGGUGCACGAGAUCAUCAAGGAAGUUCCAAAGAUCGAAUAUCAGGUCACAGAGCGCGUGGUGGAAGUGCCAGAGGUCCGAUAUGUGGAAAAGAUUGUGGAAGUGCCGGAAGUGCACACGCAAGAGAUCGUUAGAACAGUUCCAAAGAUCGAAGUGCAGGAAGUGGUCAAGACUGUUCCGAAGGUACAGGUCCAGGUCCAAGAAAGGAUCAUUGAGGUCCCAAAGGUGUGCCACGUGGAGCGGGUCGUGGAAGUGCCACAGGUGCAGGUUCAGGAGGUGGUCCGCACGGUGCCGCGGCUGGAGGUGCAGGAGGUGAUCCGAGAAGUGCCCAAGCUGGAGGUGCGAACCGUGGAGAAAUUGGUGGAGGUACCGCAGGUGGCCUUCGUGGACAAAUUCGUGGAAGUGCCUCAGGUGCAGGUACAAGAAGUCCUGCGCCAUGUGCCGAAGCUGGAGGUUCACGAGGUGAUCAAGGAGGUGCCAAAGAUACAAAUGGAGUACAGGGAGAGGAUCGUCGAGGUCCCACAACUUCAUUUGCAGGAGCGCCUCGUCGAGGUGCCAAAGAUCGAGGUUCAGGAGGUGGUUCGGCACGUGCCGAAAGUUGAAGUGCGAACCGUGGAUAGAGUGGUGGAGGUGCCACAAGUGCAAUACGUGGAGAAGCUGGUGGAGGUGCCAAAAGUGGAGAUUCAGGAGCGAUUGCAUCACGUACCGAAGAUCCACACACAAGUUGUGGAGAAGCUGGUGGAAGUGCCACAGGUCCAGUUCGUGGAGAAGUUUGUCGAGGCCGUGGUUUGGCUGUCCUUAAUCAAGGCUUUGGAAAGAGUGCCACAAGUGCAGAUUCAAGAAGUUGUGAGGCACGUUCCCAAGAUUGAGACCCAGGUGCCUCAGGUGCAGUUCGUCGAGAAGAUCGUGGAAGUCCCCGAGGUUCGCAUCCAGGAGGUGGUGAGACACGUUCCCAAGAUCGAAGUGCAGGAGGUGGUGAAGCAUGUCCCAAAGAUCAAGGUCCAGCUUCAAGAGCGAAUCGUUGAGCAUCCACAGGUUCAUCAGGUUGAGAAGAUCGUGGAAGUUCCUCAAACGGUGAUCCAGACAGUGGAUCGACACGUGCCGAAGAUUGAAGUCCAAGAGAUUGCAAACUUUGCCGACCUUGAUGUGUUUCGACAUGUGAAAUCCAAUUUAUUGGGCACCACUGGGAACGCACUUGAUCCACUGAGCCUGGCCCACUGGCCCACGGACGCAGAUUCAUGGUCCACUGCUAAGGAUGUGAAGAUCCAGGAGAGGAUUGUGGAACAUCCCCAGAUUCAUCAAGUGGAAAAGGUGGUGGAAGUUCCUCAGACCGUGGUGCAGGAAGUGGUGAGACAUGUGCCCAAGAUCCAAGUGCAGGAGAUAGUAAAACACAUCCCAAAGAUCGAGGUGCAGGUUCAGGAGAAGAUCAUCGAAGUACCACAAGUUCAAGUGGUGGAGAAGAUCGUGGAGGUACCACAGAAACAGGUGCACGAGGUCAUCAAGCAUGUGCCCAAGCUGCAGAUUCAGGAGGUGGUACGCCAUGUGCCCAAGGUGGAGGUGCAGGUGCAGGAACGGAUCGUCGAGGUGCCCCACAUUCAGACCAUCGAAAAGGUCGUUGAGGUACCCAAAGUCCAGAUCCAGGAGGUUGUGAGACACGACCCAUCCUCAGAUUGGAAGGGAAGGCAUCAUGCAGGGACUGCUCGAUUGAAGGACUUCUUCCAUGAUUUGCAACGGGUGGGGCGGUGGGGAUUGCAGAUCCUGCUGUAUUUGAAGGUCAAGAAACCUGUGAUCGAGACGCGAGAAAGAAUCGUGGAGAUUCCCGUUGUGCAGGUUCAGGAGAGGGUGGUGGAGCACCCUGAGAUCCACGUGCAAGAGGCCUUGGGCCACAGCCGUGCCGUAUUCAGGGUGAUCAAGGAGAUUCCCAAAGUGAUGGAGGUGCAAGAGAUUGUCAAGAACGUGCAAAAAGUGGACUGGACAGGUGCAGACGUUUCUGCCAUGUCGGGAGGAUCCAUUGAAGCGCCAACACUUCCACCGGCCACUCCCAACGCAGCCAGCACCAGAUACGUCCCGAUGAGUGCUGCAGGAGAUUGCACACCUUCCGGGAGGUCAGUAGCAACAGUUGACAUCAAUGCUGCAACGCUCACUCCCUCUACGCUGAAUACGCAGCUCAACAAGCUGCCAACCCUGAAGGCCUCCUGUGAGUUGGAGGCGCCAGUGAUCCGGCUACCAGAAGAGGCAAGCAGGCAAGGCAGCGAAGUGCCAGUCUUCGAGGUGCCACGGGAUCGUGUGACAGUGACAUCUGCUGAGUUGCAAAGCAGACCCAGUGGAAGUCCUGCUGUCGCAGCUGCGUCCUUGGUGGCCGGCUUUUGCGUGGCAUGUGGAAGUUCUUAUCCGCCUGGUUCGAGUUUUUGCCGCCAAUGUGGCCGCCAGGUGGAUGGUCCUUCCCAGCCGCAGCCAACGGCUCUGCCACAGCCCGGAAUGGCUCCUGGCAUGCCGAUGCAUCCUCCGCAGACUGCUUAUGGAGCACCCUGCACAGGCAAGGGGAUUGAAACUGAACCCAACGGGGUUGAACUGCCACUAAAAAGACUUGAUGAAGUUCAAAAUUGUUCUCUUUGGGCACUCAGGUGGUAUUACUGA